UUCGUAACAAAAAACAUGCCUUCUCUAGCUUUAUGUGAUCUAAAACACAAGAAAGAAAAGAAAAAAAUCGCUCUAAAAAAUCCAGAAAUCGAGAAAAAAGCGAAGAAACUGAAGGAACCUAAGAUCAAGGAAGAGGAAAAUGGUUUGGAGGUGAAGGAUAGUAAGAAGAAGCGAAAGGCGGCGGAGCUCCACUUGGAAGAGGAUAGCGAGACGAACUUGGAGGUCUUUAAGCCGGUAGAUGUGAAGGUGAAGGUGAAACUGAAAUUGAAGGAGAAAAAGAAGAAGAAAAACAAAGCCAAGGUGGAGGAAGAGGAGGAGGAUGACGAUGAAGAAGAAGAAGAAGAUGAAGGUGAAACUGAGGAUCCGAAUGCGAUUUCGAGAUUUCGGGUCUCGGAAGCGGUUAGAAAGAAACUCGAGUCGAAGGGGAUCGAGUCGUUGUUUCCUAUUCAGGCCAUGACUUUCAAUGUUAUUCUUAAUGGAACUGAUUUGGUUGGCCGCGCUCGUACUGGUCAGGGUAAGACACUGGCCUUUGUGUUGCCUAUAUUGGAGUCUUUAACCAAUGGACCUGCAAAAGCAUCAAGGAAGACUGGAUAUGGCAGGGCACCAAGUGUUCUGGUACUUUUACCAACUAGGGAAUUGGCUAAACAGGUUUUUGAGGACUUUGAAGUUUAUGGCGAGGUUUCGGGGUUGACAUCAGGCUGCUUAUAUGGAGGAGCCCCCUACCACACCCAAGAGAUGAAACUGAAGAGAGGAGUUGAUAUAGUUGUUGGGACACCUGGCCGCAUAAAGGAUCACAUUGAGAGGGGGAAUAUUAACCUAGGUUCAUUGAAGUUUCGAGUUCUUGAUGAAGCGGAUGAAAUGUUGAGAAUGGGAUUUGUUGAUGAUGUUGAGCUUAUAUUAGGCAAGGUAGAGGAUGCAAGUAAAGUUCAGACACUUCUUUUUAGUGCCACCUUGCCGGACUGGGUGAAGGGUAUUGCAACAAGAUUUCUUAAAACAAGUAAGAAAACUGUUGAUCUUGUUGGUAAUGAGAAGAUGAAAGCUAGUACAAGUGUAAGGCAUAUUGUCUUACCCUGUUCUAAGUCAGCAAGGUCACAGCUGAUCCCAGAUAUUAUCCGUUGUUAUAGCAGCGGUGGACGUACAAUUAUAUUCACUGAGACAAAAGAUUCUGCUUCUGAGUUUUCCGGUUUAUUGCCUGGAUCCCGUGCUUUGCAUGGGGACAUACAGCAGGCCCAACGUGAGGUCACCCUUAAUGGGUUCCGGUCGGGCAAAUUCAUGACAUUAGUGGCUACAAAUGUUGCAGCACGAGGGUUAGAUAUCAAUGAUGUUCAAUUAAUUAUCCAGUGUGAGCCUCCUCGUGAUGUUGAAGCAUAUAUUCAUCGGUCUGGACGAACAGGGAGAGCAGGCAAUACUGGAGUUGCUGUUAUGCUUUUUGAUCCUAAAAGGUCAAGCAUAUCAAAAAUAGAAAGAGAAUCUGGUGUGAAAUUUGAGCAUGUAUCUGCUCCUCGGCCGGUUGAUGUUGCUAAAUCUGCUGGUGUAGAAGCGGCAAAACUAAUAACAGAAGUCUCUGACAGUGUAAUCCCUGCCUUCAAGUCUGUUGCUCGGGACCUAUUGGCAACGUCUGGACUAUCAGCAGAAGAUCUACUUGCCAAAGCACUAGCCAAGGCUGCAGGUUAUUCUGAAAUAAAGUGUAGAUCCCUUCUAACAUCUAUGGAGAAUUAUGUUACAUUACUUCUUGAAGCUCGAAAACCCAUUUACACACUUUCGUAUGUUUUUGGUGUGUUGAAAGGAUUCUUGCCUGAGGAAAAGGUUCAGUCAGUGCAGGGUCUGACCCUUACUGCUGAUGGAACGGGUGCAGUCUUUGAUGUUGCAGAAGAAGAUGUGGAAAAAUUUCUUGCAGGUGCUGAAAAUGCAGCGAAUGUUACAUUAGAGGUGAUGAAGAAAGAAUUGCCACGUUUACAAGAGAGAGAUCAGUCAAGAGGGAGACUCGGUGGUGGACGGGGUGGUUUUGGUGAUCGAAAUGGUGGUGGUGGUAGGUUCUCUGGUGGCAGAGGUGUCCGAGGAGGAUUUUCUGAUAGAAGAAAUGAUAGAUUUCCGGGUGGUGGUGAUCGAGGCCGCUAUAAUAGCAAGAAAUGGUGAGGGCAUCAAAUUGGA